UCUUGUUUAAUGCAGCUUGAGCAGUUUCUUUGUGAUUGUGUUCCGCAGAGAGAAAGAAAUCUUGCUCAGUGCAUCGUUGUUUAACAAUGGCUCGAAAGGAUUUCUUGGGGAGCUUUAUUUGCCUUCUCCUCCUUACUUUUUUCAUCUCCUCCUGCUUAGGAGAUGGCAACGAGCGCAAACUGGCUGACUCAUGUAUGUGCAGUAAUGAUAAUAUAUACAUUGUACAGGGUCAAGAGUAUAAUCCGGGGAUUCCCACAUUCACGGUGACAAUAAUCAACACGUGCAAAUCUAACUGUAAGCCACGAAACAUUCAUCUAUAUUGUGGGUGGUUUGCAUCGUGGGACUGGGUGGAUCCUAAGGAUUUCAGACGCAUUUCUUAUGAUGACUGCCUCGUCAAUUAUGGAAGAUCUAUGGCGCCAUUUGAUACCAUUUAUUUUACAUACACAAAUACCUAUAUGUACCAUUUGAGCGUUAAGUCUGUCGAGUUCGUUUAGUCUGAUUGCCUCCAUGUUUAAUGCCCCCUGCGAGUGGGAUUGGAGAUUUUGCUUUGUCUUACUGGUUUAAAAAUAAAUAGGGAUUAUUCUGUUUUACUGAGAUAGGUCAAAUACCUAAAAGUUUUGUUUCAAAUUCUAUGUAGCCAUUGGCUUCAGCGGGCGGCUUUCAUUUUUGAGUAUGUGUAAUGCGAGGGUAAUUAAUUUGUGUUUUUGGAGGAAAGACAUCUGGUGCGGUGAUGGACAACUGUUACAACACGUAUUGUCAAUGCAAUACAAUUUUUGAAAAUUUAUCAAAAUGUUGUGGCUUUUCUUGAA